AUGGUUGGUGUGACAGGGAUGAACACUACGAUUCAUGUAGUGCAGAGUUUCAUCCGCACUGAGGCUGGUAACGACUACACGUUGGCGCUCACCAAAUUGAAGAGGGUUAUGGACCGUGAGGAGAUUUGGUAUCUUCAGAAAACUGUGGUGUUGUAA